CGGCACAGGAGCCGGAGGCUGCGUAAGAAACCUGGCGCCUGCAGCCGAGCGGUGACGGGUGGCCAAUGCUGGAGAAAAUGGAAAAGGCUUCAAGACAUUGGGCAUUAAAAACGACGCGGAUGGGACUUGUUAUAAACGUAUAACGCGCGAUUAUAGAUGCUCGUAAAGGUCCCCUGAGGAAUGAGCGACACAGUUUCACCCAAUCACCAGGAGGGGGCGACGAGAAUGGAAUCCUGGACAAGGUCGCGUCUCAAAUCCAGUAGCUAGGACCAAAUCCUGGAUCAGAGGGGGGACAAGGAUGCUGCUUUGAAACUUGGAAUAUCCUAAUUUUUUUUUUUUUUCUUUUUUUUUUUUUUCUUUUUUAACUGGAUGAUAUUUUGGUGACUGAACACAUAUAGACGCUUAUAAUACGCUUGAAGCUUAAAAAGUUUUCUUUUCAUAGUCUAUCCUCCUCCUCCUCCUCCUCCCUCCCCCCUUGCCCUUGUUGUGAUUAACGUUUUGGGUGUUUGUAUGGCAGUGGAGUAAUCGUGGAGAGGCCGGGGUAUCACAAGCUUAUGGAUUUUGAUAAGAGAGGAGGGGGAGGUGGAGGUGGUGGUGGUGGUGGAGAAGGGGACACGGAAGAAGGGAAGAAGAUGUCUAAGACCGGAGGGAGCAGAUCCGGUCACACCGGUCGCACUUCGGCGCCCAAUUCAGGCGUGCUCAUGGUCGGACCAAACUUCCGCGUCGGGAAGAAGAUCGGCUGUGGGAAUUUCGGCGAACUUCGGCUCGGGAAGAAUCUUUACACCAACGAAUACGUAGCCAUAAAACUGGAGCCGAUCAAAUCGCGAGCGCCUCAGCUCCACCUGGAGUACCGUUUCUACAAACAGCUCGGGAGCUCAGGUGUACCUCAGGUGUACUAUUUUGGUCCAUGUGGGAAAUACAAUGCCAUGGUGCUGGAGCUGCUGGGCCCGAGCCUAGAGGAUCUGUUCGACCUGUGCGACAGAACCUUCUCCCUCAAGACUGUGCUUAUGAUCGCCAUUCAGCUGAUAACACGGAUGGAGUUCGUUCACACCCGCAGUCUGAUCUACAGGGACGUGAAGCCCGAGAACUUCCUCGUGGGCCGGCCGGGCAGCAAACGGCAGCACACCAUUCACAUCAUCGACUUCGGCCUGGCCAAAGAGUACAUCGACCCCGAGACCAAAAAACACAUCCCGUAUCGGGAACACAAGAGCCUGACGGGCACGGCGCGCUACAUGAGCAUCAACACACAUCUGGGCAAAGAACAGAGCAGACGGGACGACUUGGAGGCACUUGGGCACAUGUUCAUGUAUUUCCUCAGGGGCAGUCUGCCCUGGCAAGGCCUAAAGGCUGACACGCUGAAAGAGCGCUACCAGAAGAUAGGAGACACCAAAAGAGCGACUCCUAUUGAAGUGCUCUGUGAGAGCUUCCCAGAAGAAAUGGCCACGUACCUGCGCUAUGUCAGGAGACUGGACUUCUUCGAGAAACCGGAUUAUGACUACUUACUCAAACUCUUCACGGACCUCUUCGACAGAAACGGAUACGUCUUCGACUACGAGUAUGACUGGGUCGGGAAAACUCUGCCGACUCCAAUAGGACCCAUUCCCACUGAUGCACCACAUCAGUCCAGCAGCAGAGAGAAAGCACAGCAGCAGACCAAAAAUCAGUCUCCCGAACCAAAAGGAAGUGAAACCCAGCCGACUCCUGUGACCAACAGGGAGAUCCUGGGCUCGCAUCUCACCGCUGAUAGGCUGGGGGGCUCUGUGCAGGUCAUGAGUUCUACCAACGGCGAGGUGAACACAGACGAUCCCACAGCAGGUCACUCCAACGCGCCAAUCACUGCUCCUGCUGAGGUCGAGGUUGCAGACGAAACAAAGUGCUGUUGCUUUUUUAAACGGAGGAAGAGGAAAGGCCUGCAGCGGCACAAGUGAAGAACUGAAGGGUGGAGAGAUAGAAAUAGAGAAGGGAGAGGAAGAGAGGACUGGAGUGUAGAGCGCUCCACUAUCUUGUGUGUGUGUGUGUGUGUGUGUGUGUGUGAGAGAGACUGUGUGUGUGUGUGUGUGUGUGUGUGUGUGUGUGAGAGAGAAGCUCGUCAGAUGCAGAGUUUGAACUGCCACCUACUUUAUAAGGAAAGAAGUGUAUGGAGGAGGAGUUAUGUCUGUUUGAGGAGGAAUUGCAUAUAGAGGAGGAGGAGUUACAUGUGUUGGAGGAGGAGUUAUGUACGUUUGUAUAAACAUCCAAGAGAUGCAGAGAGUCUGCGUGUGUGCGUGUGUGAGAUGAACAUGAACACAGAUGGACAGUUUAAUCCUGUAUUUUAGAUCACAUUAUCAGAGGACUUAAAGCAAAUGUUUAAACGAUGAGUGUUUAAUUUUAUGGGAACAAAGUAAGAACUGGGGGCGGGGGUGGGAAGGAGACUACAGACUGUGAUGCUCCAAAUCUUUGGAAACUUCCGAGAAUGCAAACCAGAAUCGCUCUGCUUCUGUAAAUUGUUUGUUGUUGUUUUUUUUUUUUAUGUAAUUUAAAAUAUUGUUUUUGAUCUCUGCUAUCCCUGAGUUUAGCUCUUUUAUUCAUACAGAUUUUCGCUCUCUCGCUCUCACUCACACACACACACACACUUUUUCUUUUCGUUUUAUUAUUUAAGCUUUCUAUGUCCUAUAUUUAUUUUUCCUGUCAACAUGGAUGUAGCACAGUGGCUGGACUCAGGUACAGUGGAAGACGGAGAGAAAGCAAUGCCUUGCAUCUCAAUGCUGUUUUGUAACACACACACACACACACACACACACACACACACACACGCACAGAUUUUCUAACUCACUUCCGUCAAACCUUGCUUUAAUUGUUCAACAGGAACAAAACUCAAGUUUUCUCAACAUGAAGUACAACAUGGCUGGAAUGAGUUUCCUUAAAAGGUGUACAGUUUUGUUUGAAAUAAACACGCACCUAUACGGUCAUGUUUGUUUCAUGAUGUGCUAGCGAAAGUCCAAUGAGAGAGUUUUUUCUGUUCUGUAACUUGAGAGACAUCAAAAGUUGUCCCGUUCAUGUUUUUCAGAUCACCCUAAACUCCUCACUUUAUCCAGCUCACUUUUUCCCACUUACUUUAUCCUUCUUCAUUUAUCCAGCUUACUUGAUCCAGUUCUCCUUAUCCAGCUCACUGUAUCCUGCCUAAUUUAUCCAGUUUCUUGAUCCAGCUCACCUGAUCACACUACUUGAUACUGCUUACUUUAUCUUGCUCACCUUAUCCAGCUUACUUGAUCCAGUUCUCCUCAUCCAGCUCACCUUAUCCCACUAACCUUAUCCUGCUCAAAUUAUCCAGCUCACUUUAUCCUGCUCACCUUGUCCUAAUUCAUCAGGCUAACCUUAUCUUGCUUCUUUUAAUCCAACUUCUCCUUAUUCUGCUUACUUUAUCCAGCUCACCUUAUUUGGCUUAUCCAAAUAACUUUACCUGGCUUACUAUGUUUAGUUUAUCCAGCUCACCUUUUCCACUUUAUUUACCAACUAAUACUAUCUAGCUAGGCUUGUUGACCUUACAUUAUCUAUAGCUUCCUUAGAAGCAGUAUCUCACUAGUUUGUCCUACAUAUAUAACUUGAAUAGGUGCGUACUUUUUAAAGCCAUUUACAGCCAAAUAACGUCAUCCUCAUAACUUUAUCUAGAUAUAGGAUUAUCCAGCCUUCACCCAGCUAUCUUGCUGUCUAAAUAACUUAAUCCAGCCGCCCGUUUCUCAUUACCUUACUACUACAAACAAGUUUAUACACAAAUUUAAAGGAUCCCUUUCUGGCUAAUGUAAUCCAGCUAACUAACUUUAUCCAGCUAAAAUUAAAUAGAUGCAUAAAGCUAAAUAGUGUCAACCUAGCUAACGUUAUACUUUGUGCAAAUGUAAUGAAACAUUUAUUAGUAUAAUCAAUAUAAUGUAUAUUUAAUACAUAUACACUAAUAAUAACACUAAUCCCAUGCUCUUGCUAGGUAAAGCUAAAAAGCUAGCUAUCAAAUGAAUGUUAGCAUGUGAGUUAGCAUACAUUCUUAAUGCAAACUAGGAUUUUUUUAAGAUUUUUGUUGGAUUUUUGUACAAGCUGUCGUCAGACUUGUGGGGUGGGAGAUUAUAUUUUAAAAUGACAUUAUUUGCUCAGAACUCUGUAAAAUCACUACCUCUGGUUAACACACUCUAUAGACAAAGGUUUGUGGACACUUGACCAUAAGUUUUGUGUGCUGUUUAAACAUCUAAUUUCCACAAUUAUUUCCCAGUCGCUGUUAUAAUUAGCUCCAGUCUUCUGUGAAGAUGCCGCACUAGAUCUUUGUGUGCGCUUGUGGAGAUUUGUGUGACACAUUCGGCUAAGAGGGUGUUUAGUAAAGUCAGGCGAGGUGAAGAGCCAUGGGUUGAAGUCAGAAUUGAGAUCUUGCACACGCACCCAUGUCAACUGUUUAUUUAGGAGCUGGCUUUGUGAAAUUUGUCAUGCUGUAAAAGGUUUGGGUCUCCUAUUUCAUGUGAAGGAAGAAUUUAAUUUCAACACAUCCAAGGAUAUACUAUAAGGCUGUGGGCCUCGAACUUUGUUUUGGAAAGAAAAACUUGGGGGGUCAACUGUCCAAAUACUUUUGUCCAUAUAGUGUUGGUCUACUGCUGGAUACAGAACUGUUGUAAUUUGAUUAAAUUUUGUUGGCACAGCAAAAUGAGGUGAAGCUAAGGAAGUUCUCUUAACUAGCAUUAAUUAGCUAAAAUAUUGUAUUUUGCUAGCUAGCAUGUUGCUAAGGAUCUCCCCCCCCUUUUUUGACGUUAUAAAGACAACAAUAAAAUACUACUAAUGCAUAAUUUUGUAUAUUUAAUAUAGUGUCGUAUUGCAUACGUUUGCAUUUAUUUAAAUUUUUUGAGAAAGCUGUGUUUUUGUUUCGUACAGACUGCAUACAAUUACAUCCAUUUUUUGCGUGCCAGCAUCAGAAGUUACAUGAAAUUCUGAUUUCAAUCAUAUUUCAUAUCAUAUCCGUUCUCAAUCAUGUUCGAGAAAAUACAAAUCAUUUCACAUACAAAGUUACAGAAGGAUAAAUAGCUACUGCUUUAUCGUGAACUUUCGCUAGCAUAGCCAAAUGAAGACUGAUUAUUGGUUGAAGUCUCACAGUUUUGUAAAUCAUCGUUUGCCCGAUAUUUUAUUGCUCCUGUGUUGUUUUUACUAUACAUCUCCACAAUACAGCAAGACAAGGCAGUGUGUUGGAAACAGUAUUGAAGCAGGCUAUGAGAUUUCUCUUCUUGUAAAUUGCACUUUUAAAGGGGGAAAGUAUUUAAUCACCACAAAUGAUAAGAAAUAAAACCUGGAUACAGGAUUGUUUCUACACCAGACUCAACCAGACUCACGGUUUUGCAGGGAAAAGACGGAGUGAAGUCACGCCAGAUGUUUAUAUAUUUUUUUUUCAUUGAAAGAUAUUUUGGAAAUAGUUUGUGCCUUUGUAAGUGAAGUGUGGAAACAUUUUGGAGAUCUCAAAUAAUCGCUCUCGUUCCAGGUGGUUUGGUGUUUUUAAAGUGGAACAGUGAGAAUGUAUGAUGGUUUACAUUAUGUAUUUUUUCUCUCUCUCCAUCUUAAACAAUAUUUAUUCAGGAUUGGAUAUUUAUUUCAGCGUUGCUCAGGUUCAUAUUGACAACCAACAAAUGAUCAAUAUUCGCUCAAAUCACAGGGCUGAACCUUUUUAGUUUUUUUCCAAUCUAAUAGUUUUUGCUUUGUGUUGCUGCAUUUUAAUGUCUGGCUUGAAUUCCAUAUGGCUAAUGUUAAUCCUAAUCAUAACAAUAAUUAAUUAUUAAUCCUUAUAUGCCCUGCCCCCUCCAAGGUUCUAAGUGUUGCCACGGUAACCUGUAUUUUCUUUUUUUCCCUAUUUAUUUGUCUGCUCUAUUCGAAAACUGCCCGAGCAUCACUAAACGUUUUUUGUUGUUGUUUGUUUGUUUGUUUGUUUUUACUUAGAGUCUUAACACAUCCUAAAAACUCACAUUGUCCAGCUGCAUAGUACUCAGCAUAUACAUGAUCACCACGAUCGCUCCUGAUUGGUGGAAGCAGAAGCAAGAUCCUUUGAAGAAGAGUAAUGGGUUUUAUAGUCAUAUUUUAGUCAUGGAGGGGUUCGGAUGAAAAGCAUUUGUUUGGUUUAUUCUGUGAUACUAAAUGCCUCAUAAAUAAAGACUUUUAUAAUAUAG